UGGCCCCAGAACGACCGGUUUCCUCUUGGAGUCUGGGAGGAGCAGAGCGGAGCCGGCCCGGAGUGAACCGGGACCGGGACGGCGCACGCAGGGCGCCGGGCCGGGGAGGCGCGCAGGGACGGGAGGAGGGCCGGCUGGAGGUCCGGGGUAGCGAGCGCCCCCAAGGAGGCCCUCGAGAGAGCGGGGCCUGGGGAGCCGGGAGGGACUGCAAGAGGACCCCGGUGUCCGGGCACCCGGUCCCAGCGCCAUGAGGCCGCUCGUCGCCCUGAUGCUCCUGGGCCUGGCGGUCAGCUCGCCCCCGCUGGACGACAACAAGAUCCCCAGCCUGUGCCCGGGGCAGCCCGGCCUUCCGGGCACGCCAGGCCACCAUGGCAGCCAAGCCGCGUGGAGAGGCGGGCCCCGUGGGGGCGCCCGGGCCUGCGGGGGAGUGUUCGGUGCCCCCGCGCUCCGCCUUCAGCGCCAAGCGCUCGGAGAGCCGGGAGCCGCCGCCUGCCGACGCGCCCCUGCCCUUCGACCGCGUGCUGCUGAACGAGCAGGGGCAUUACGACGCCGCCACCGGCAAGUUCACCUGCCAGGUGCCCGGGGUCUACUACUUCGCCGUCCACGCCACGGUCUACCGGGCCAGCCUGCAGUUCGAUCUGGUCAAGAACGGUGAAUCCAUCGCCUCUUUCUUCCAGUUUUUCGGGGGGUGGCCUAAGCCAGCCUCACUCUCGGGGGGCGCCAUGGUGAGGCUGGAGCCGGAGGACCAGGUGUGGGUGCAGGUGGGCGUGGGCGAUUACAUCGGCAUCUACGCCAGCGUCAAGACAGACAGCACCUUCUCUGGAUUCCUGGUGUACUCCGACUGGCACAGCUCCCCAGUCUUCGCCUAGUGCCCCGGAAGGUGAGCGGGCCUCGCUCCUAGGGCCGCACUGCAUGACACUGACGGCCGCGUCGCCGGGAGGGCUGGCCCCCCCGAAUAUUGUGAAUGACUAGGGAGGUGGAGUAGGGGCCUCUCCGUCCUGUCGCAGCACGGAAUGGGGACAGAGGCUGUGUGAGAUCAGGGCUGGCAGCGCCAGGCUGUGGCUGGAUUUCUGCCCAAGACCAAAGGAAUGUGCUGUGCUGCCACGUGUGGGUCCCCCAGCUGCUCUGGCCCAGGACCCCAAGGGCGGGGGUGCUCUCUUCCUGGUCCUCUGCGUCUCUGGGUCCUCCUUAUCCUUUGUGCUCGAAGGGCCGGUCCUUUUCUCAGAGAUCACUCAAUAAAUCUUAAAACCCUUUGA